AUGAUGUAUUUGAUCAGCGUGGUCUUGCCUGCUCCAGGCUUCCCACUGAUCCAAACAUGCCGAGGUCGUAUGGCUCCGAUCUCUACAGCAACCGGGAAGAUAUCCCUUGAAUAUUCGGCGGGCAUUUUGGGGCUAUUAUCCCCAAGGUCGAAAUCCAAACACGGUAACGAUGUCCCAAGCCCCCCUGUCCGUUUCGGUCAUCUUUCUGGCCGCGCCACUGACUUGGAUUGUAGCCGCAGUGUGUAUGCCACCUCCCUCGAGGCCGAUUUGCCGAUGCGCCAGUGGUUUGCCCCUGAAUAG